AAAUUGACAAUUUGUUCUCCGACUUUGAGUAAUCUAAUCAUCCCCUCUUCUUCCAUGUCGCUCUUGUCUUGUUUUCUUUAACCCAAAACCAUUUUUCUAAUGUAAUAAGUUUUCAUGUGUUUGAAUUUUGAUGGUCACUGGGUGGCUGCUCUCUUUCCACCUUUGACUAAAUGGUUACCAAAAAAGACUGCUUUCAUCAUUUCUAGCCAUCCAUGAUUUCUUCUCCUUCUUCAUCUUCAAUUCCCAAUCAUGCCCGGAGCUCCCAGUCGUAAAAUCUUCUUGAUUUGAAUCCGGCGAGAAGUCAACGGUCAGGAUCAACCCCAAAAAAUCUAGCAGAUUACCAGAUCAUUAAAAUUUCAAGAAUUUAACGUUUUCAGGUACCCUUUUGGCUUUUGAUGCAAAUUCCGUCCUGUUUUCGGUAUGCAGAAGAGGAUAGUAGUGUCGAAAGCUAUCAUCUUUUCGUGGGUUUCACGGUACCGGCGAUGGCUUCUGAGCUUCGCCGGCGGGGCUCUGAUGGUGCUGGCACUGGGAACCGGGAACCGGUCAAACCUGGAUCUUUAUACGGCCGGGAAAGGCACAAAUUUCGAGUUUCCAAUGUCCGAGGUUUCGGUGUCUAAAGGGCCCAGUUUCCCUCCUGUUUUGGCGUAUUGGAUUUUUGGGUCGAAAGGGGACAGUAAAAGAAUGUUGAGGCUGUUGAAAGCGGUUUAUCAUCCGAGAAAUCAGUACCUUUUACAGCUGGAUUCUGAUUCGUCGGAUCAGGAGAGACUGGAUUUGGUGUUGUCCGUCGAGGAUGAAAAGGUUUUCCGGGCGUUCGGAAAUGUUAAUGUUGUCGGGAAAAGCUACGGCGUUAACCAGAUGGGGGCUUCCGGUCUUGCCGCGAUGCUCCACGCCGCCGCAUUGCUGCUUAGACUCAGCCGUGAUUGGGACUGGUUUAUUAACUUGAGCUCGUCGGAUUAUCCGCUUCUCACUCAAGAUGAUAUCCUGUAUGCUUUCACUUGCUUACCAAGAGAUGUAAACUUUUUGGGAUUCAAGAACAUUACCGAGUUCAAUGGGCAGUAUGAUUUCAACCAGAUUGCAGUUGAUCCCAGUCUGUAUUCCACAGAGAACACCCCCAUUUUCUAUGCCAGAGAGGGUAGAGGAUCACCAGAUGCAUUCAAGAUUUUUGGAGGCUCACCUUGGACGACGUUGAGCCGAGGUUUGAUGGAGCAUUGUGUGGAGGGGUGGGACAAUCUACCUCGAAAACUCCUCUUGUACUACACCAAUGUCGUCUCCCCUCUCGAAUCCUACUUCCACACACUCAUCUGCAACACCCCCGAGUUCCAAAACACCACUGUGAACUGCGACCUGAGGCACACUGUCAAGGGCGCGCUGAACCUGUUACAACGCGACGAAUUAACAUCGGACUUGGCGGUUUUUGCUAGGGCCUUCGAAGAAGACGAUGAAGCCAUGGAAGGGCUCGAUAGGAAAGUGCUAAAUCGCGCACCAGAUGGAUUAGUCCCGGGGAAAUGGUGCUUGGCACGAGGCACGAAUGAGAGUGAAGGGAAAGUGUGUUCGAGGUGGGGUGACAUUAACUCUGUGCAGCCAGGGACUUAUGGGGUUAAACUUCACAAGAUUUUGUCAAAAUUUAGUGCAGAAAAAGAGUCACAAACUAAUCUGUGUCGGAUGUACACUGUGUAGCAGAGAAAUUUUUAGUGCAAAGAAAUAGGGGAAAGAGGGGUUGUCUAUAGAGAUGUUUUUUGUCAUGUGACUUUGGUUCUAAAUUGGUGUAUAGGUUUGGCCUGGUUGACCAAUUUGUACUAUGUUAUUUCUUUUAUUCUUUGUUUUGGUAAAAGAGAGAUACAAUUGUUGUC